ACGAGCUGAACUAUAUAUAUAUAGAGAGAAGAAACUGUUCUCUUAGCUUUAGUUGCAGCUAUGGCCACCCACGCAGCUCUAGCUCCUUCAAGAAUCCCAGCCAGCACCAGGCUCCCCUCCAAGAGCACCCAUGCUUUCCCCACUCAAUGCUCCUCUAAGAGGUUGGAAGUGGCUGAGUUUUCUGGGCUUCGAGCCAGUUCUUGUGUGACCUACGCCAAGAACGCUAGUGAGGCCUCCUUCUUUGACCUGGUGGCUGCUCAAAUGACUCCCAAGGUUGCAGCGUCAACUCCUGCUAAAGCAGAAACAGUAGCCAAACUGAAGGUGGCAAUCAAUGGAUUCGGACGCAUUGGCAGGAACUUCCUAAGAUGCUGGCAUGGCCGCAAGAACUCCCCCCUUGAUGUAAUUGUCGUCAAUGACAGUGGUGGUGUCAGGAACGCUUCCCACUUGCUGAAAUAUGAUUCUAUGCUAGGCACUUUCCAAGCAGAUGUUAAAAUUGUGGACGAUGCCACCAUUAGUGUUGAUGGCAAGCCCAUCAAGGUUGUCUCCAACAGAGACCCUCUUAAGCUUCCCUGGGCUGAGCUUGGAAUAGACAUUGUCAUUGAGGGAACAGGAGUUUUUGUGGAUGGCCCUGGUGCUGGGAAACAUAUUCAAGCCGGUGCCAAGAAAGUCAUUAUCACUGCUCCAGCAAAAGGAGCUGACAUUCCAACAUAUGUUGUUGGUGUUAAUGAAAAGGAUUACGGUCAUGAGGUUUCCAACAUUGUAAGCAAUGCUUCAUGUACCACAAAUUGUCUGGCUCCUUUUGUGAAGGUCAUAGAUGAGGAAUUUGGCAUUGUUAAGGGAACAAUGACAACCACUCACUCCUACACUGGAGAUCAGAGGCUCUUGGAUGCUUCACACCGUGAUUUGAGGAGAGCCAGGGCUGCAGCAUUGAACAUUGUGCCAACAAGCACUGGUGCAGCCAAGGCUGUGUCUUUGGUGCUGCCUCAGCUCAAAGGAAAGCUCAAUGGCAUUGCACUCCGUGUCCCAACACCUAACGUGUCAGUUGUAGACCUUGUUGUGAAUGUUGAGAAACAAGGAAUUACAGCAGAAGAUGUCAAUGCAGCCUUCAGAAAGGCAGCAGAGGGGCCACUGAAGGGCAUAUUGGAUGUGUGUGAUGUUCCACUUGUAUCCGUUGACUUCAAGUGCACCGAUGUUUCUUCCACCAUUGACUCUUCAUUGACCAUGGUCAUGGGAGAUGACAUGGUCAAGGUGGUAGCCUGGUACGACAAUGAAUGGGGGUACAGCCAAAGGGUUGUCGAUUUAGCUCAUUUGGUAGCCAGCAAGUGGCCAGGAGUGUCUCCAACAGGAAGUGGAGACCCACUGGAAGACUUCUGCGAGACAAACCCAGCAGAUAAGGAGUGCAAAGUCUAUGAAGCUUAGAUGAUGAUUACAAUUCUUUUUUUUUUUUUUUUGUUGAUUUUAAUCUUAUUGAGACUCAGAUUUCCCAAUCAAUAUUUGAAAUAAUCAAAUGCAUAAUUAUCCUGUAAAGACAGCCGAGAAAAGGAAUACAUUAUUGUCAAAUAGUGAUGUUAAUGGAGUUGUUGGACGUUUCUAUUCAAGAUAAUGCUUGUUAUCCACCUA